AUGUUAUUAAUUGAAAAUUUUAUUAAAUCAUCAUUUAAAAAUCCAUUUGAAUUAGUUUUAAAUGAAUGUUUUCAAUUUAAUGAUUUUAAAAUUUUAAAUUCAAAUUUAUCACCAAAUUUUAGAUCAAUAUUAGAAGAUUCUCUUAUAAAUCCUGAAUUAUAUAUAAAUACAAGAAUUUCAAAUAAUUCAAAUUCAAUGGAAAUUUUAAAUUCCAAGAUAAAUCCAAUUUUAUCUGAAUUAUUUCAAAUUUAUAGAGAAACAAAUUUAAAUUUAAAUAUUUUUGAUUUUUAUCAAGUUUUUAAAAAUUCUUUAAAUAAAGAUGAAAUUUUACAAAAAAUUAUGGAAAUUUUAGAUGACAAGAAUAAUAUAUUAGAAAAUUAUUUAAAUGAUGAAAUUAGAUUUAAAUUUAUUUAUAAAUUUUUUAAUGAUAUGGAUAUAUCAAAUGAUUUAAAAUGGGAUAAAUUGACUCUUGUUUGGUUUUUACAAAAAUGUGGUGAAUUAAUUGAUUUAGGUUUUUGUAAACAAAUUAAAAGAAAAGGUGAUACUUUAGAAAAAAAUAUUUGGAGAGGUUUAUAA